AAGAGUGUUCAUUUUAGAGUUUACUAAAGGAUAAGGUUGGAGCAAUUAUGAGGAGUCCGGCUGAUUUCGAUGAAGAGACUGGCAGGCGAAGUGAUUUUGCCAAGGACCUGUAUCAGCAUAAGAAUCAUCUGUUUCGCUCCUGGUUUCUGGAGCUGCUAAUGCUGUGUCUACUCAUAAUUGUCUUAUUUGUGGCCUUCUCAGACAGUGAUCUUUCAUGGUUUGAAAAACUUUACCAUCACAGCCAGUACCAUAGUCUUUUCAACCACAGCCAUCAGUUUGGUUCACCUGCUUAUCGAGUCACCCCAACGCACAAAAAUAUGCUAAAUACAAUUCAUAAAAGUAUAGAGUCUCCUGCACUGCAGUCUGGAGGUCUUCAGUACCAUCAAGCCUAUCCGCACAACUACCAGUUUGUUAUGGAUAACACUGAGGUUUGCAAAAACAAUGCACCUUUCCUGGUCUUGAUUGUGCCAGUGGCACCAAUAAACAUUGCAGCUCGGGAAGCAAUCCGCCAGACAUGGGGCAAAGACAGGCUGGUUCAGGGUGAGGUGGUAAUUACUCUUUCCAUGUUGGGUCUACAUGAGGGAGCAGAUGUGGAGAAGCUUAAACAAGAGAAUGAGCAACACCAUGACCUGAUCCAGAGCAACUUUAUGGACACAUAUCUUAACCUGACCAUUAAAACCAUGGUAAUAAUGGACUGGCUGGCCACACGCUGUCCUACAGCAGCCUAUGCAAUGAAGGUGGACUCUGACAUGUUCUUAAACAUCGAUAACUUGGUGCUCAUGCUGCAGAAGCCAGGGAUCCCAAAGCUGAACUAUCUAACGGGAAUGCUUAUGUGGGACAUCCCGGUUAUCCGAUCAAAGAGCUCCAAGUGGUACGUUCCUGAGGAGAUGUACCCUGAUCCCAAAUAUCCCACAUACACCCUGGGCAUGGGGUAUGUCUUUUCCAACGAUCUUCCUGCUAAAUUUGUCGAGGUCUCAAAAUCUAUCAAACCUUUUAAUAUAGAGGAUGCUUAUAUUGGAAUGUGCAUGAAAAAGCUUGGACUUUCACUGACGCCUCCACCCAACCCUUCCCAAUUCAAGACGUAUAAUUCAAAAUAUGAUCGCUGUGAAUUCUCUACGAUCAUUACAUACAUUCUUGGCUCUUCAGAAAAUCUGAUAAAAUACUGGUCAGACUAUAAGAAGCCCGGGCCACAUUGUUAGAGCUUUUAACACGAUGAAACACUAUGAAACACUUGGGUUUUUAAAAAGAGUUAUUAAAAAAAUUGGUUUGACUUUAUAGAUGCACUGCAAUUAUUGUUACUUCCUAAGCUAUUUUAUUUAAAAUCUCAUACAGAUGCCUCAUGAAGCAAGGUGGUAAAGUAGAUUGAUCUUCAUCUUACAAAAUGUAAACUAUAAAGGGACUUCUUGUUCAGUAUUUCUUUAUGUGUAUAUGUGCUUUUCUGAUUGCUUUUGAUUAGAAAGCUCUAUACUUUAUUUAAAUGGAGUGGUAUUUACUUAAUUUACUUAAUAAUGGAUAAAAAAAAAACAGAAAAAUGAUUUGAUAGCAUUAAAAAAAGGUAUAGCUUAAUUAAACGGGAUAAAAUUCAGCUGUAAUCAUCAGGGAAUAGGUUAAAUUAUGUUGGCUAUGUCUUAUUAUGUGGAAUUACAGGGUACAUAAACUGUUCAGUCCGUACAUUUAAAACAAUGUUAUUUGACU